AUGAGCAAGCAGCAGAAGUAUGCUAAAGUAGAGACGAUUGUCAAAGAGUUAGGGCUUGAAAAGUGUCGUCACACGAGAGUUGGAGGUAGUUUUGUGAGUGGAAUCUCUGGUGGAGAAAGGAAAAGAACGAGUAUUGCUUAUGAGAUUCUUGUUGAUCCUUCUCUGUUGCUUCUUGAUGAGCCAACUUCUGGACUUGAUUCCACUUCUGCUACUAAUCUUCUUCAGAUUCUUCAAGGCGUUGCUAAGGCAGGAAGGACUGUGAUUACGACGAUCCAUCAACCAUCAAGCAGAAUGUUUCACAUGUUUGAUAAGCUUCUGUUGAUCUCAGAAGGGUACCCUGUGUUCUACGGCAAUGCAAGAGAAUCUAUGGAUUACUUCUCAUCUUUGAGAAUCUUUCCUGAAAUUGCAAUGAAUCCUGCUGAGUUCUUGCUGGACUUAGCGACCGGACAAGUGGCAGAUAUCAGCUUACCAGACGAAUUAUUGGCUGCGAAAACCGACCACCCUGGUUCUGAGGAAGCGAUAUUGAAUUACCUAGAAGUAAAGUAUAAGACAGAGUUGGAGCCGAGAGAGAAAGAAGAGAACCAUAGAAAGAGAAAAGCAGCAGAGCAUCUUCAAAUAGCGAUUCAAGUGAAGAAAGAAUGGACACUUUCAUGGUGGGAUCAGUUCGUUAUCAUUUUCAGAAGAACAUACAGAGAGAGGCGUAGAGAUUACUUUGAUCAGCUCAGACUAGUUCAAUCACUUGGAGUUGCUGUCUUGUUGGGUCUUCUCUGGUGGAAAUCAAAGAUAGACACAGAAGCACAUCUGAGAGACCAAGUGGGUUUGAUGUUUUAUAUCUGCAUCUUUUGGACAUCUUCGUCAAUGUUCGGAGCAGUCUAUGUGUUCCCCUUUGAGAAAAUCUAUCUAGUGAAAGAAAGAAAAGCAGACAUGUAUAGGUUAAGUGUGUAUUACAUAUGUAGCACACUAUGUGACAUGGUGGCACAUGUUAUCUACCCAACGUUCUUCAUCAUCAUUGUCUAUUUCAUGGCUGAUUUCAAGAGAACAGUCCCUUGCUUCUUCUUCACAUUGUUGACAAUACUAUUGAUAGCCAUUACAAGCCAAGGAGCAGGAGAGUUCUUAGGAGCUUCAGUGUUGAGCAUAAAGAGAGCUGGUAUGAUUGCUUCUUUGGUGCUUAUGUUGUUUCUUCUCACAGGAGGCUAUUAUGUUCAGCACAUACCAAAGUUUAUGCAAUGGUUGAAGUAUUUGUCGUUCAUGCACUACGGCUUUAGACUACUGCUCAAAGCUCAGUAUUCAGGGGAGCAGCUUUACGAAUGUGGAAGCAAUGGAGGAUGCAGGACAUUGCAGAGCUCAUCAUCAUUCGACACAGUAAUUCUGAAAGGAGGUCUUGAAGAAGUUUGGAUUCUUCUUGCCAUGGCAUUUGGAUAUCGUCUCUGUGCUUACUUUUGUCUCCGUUACAGAAUUAAUAUCUGUCCAUUGUGA